AUGCAGAGGAGCGACUCCCAGUCCACCGCUUGCACUUUCGACAGUAGCUACACAACCAGCACCGUGGUAUCGGGAUACUCUUCGGCCACCGAUUUCUCAUCGCUCGAGCCCACCCUUCCGGAAGAUGGGAGCUACCGGGACGCACAAUCGUAUCAGGACUCAUACUCCAUUUGCGAAGUAGCGGAUGCCAACCAUAUGCUCUCUGCUACCGGAUCACAGUACCAACAAAGUGGGACACAGCUACCCCAGGGGUUACAACUUCCCAGCCCCCUGCAACUGUUCACCACACAGGCUGCCAACGAGGAAGCUGCCUGGCAGGCGACUCUGGCAGCAAAUUCUUUGAUCAUCGAUCAACAAACAUUCUCGGAUGGCGGCCCAUUUCUGGUCACGUCCGAGGCAGUCGAGGAAGCUUUACGGAGGCAUCAGGAUCAGGGCGACGAGGAACCGGUCCGCCCAGCAGUCCAGGAUGUCCUUUACCAGCAACUGUGCCUCCGGCUUGGUGAUACCGACCACUUCUACCCUGAGAUCAUCCGGCUACUGCAAGAGGCCGCCUACCAGCUCCAAAUACGGCUCCAGGGACCGAAGGUGAUCGAGAUAUGUUUCUACGCCAUUGCCGCAGUCCUCGCCGACAUGACCGGUGAGCCAGAAGUCGACAACAACGACGUAAUCUUGGGGCUGGCUGUUGCUCGUAGCCCCAACCCGGCGCCAACACAGGCCUCAUCAUCGGAAAAAGGGAAGUUCAAGUGCCCGUUUCGUGGGUGCACGAACGUGGCCAGUCGACAGGCGGACUCAGAUCGCCAUUACCGGAUCGUUCACCUCUCUGAUGACCAAAAGAAAAGGUUCCUAUGCGAUUACAAGAGGUGCGGCCGCCACACCGCCCCCUUUUUCCGGCAAGACCACUUUCGAGAUCACCUCCGGGAAUACCACAAGGAAGAUCUCCUGCGGCGCGGCAGCAAGGGCGACGAGGAGUGGUGGUCGUGCCGUAACCCACAAGCCAUAAUCAACGGCUGGUGGCGUUGCAGCCGUUGCCUCAUCAAGGUCAGCGUCAACAAGCACGACUUUGCCUGCCCCAAAUGCAAGACCCGCUGCGAGAAGGAACGGCAGCAGUACAGGAUGGCGAUGACCGCAAGUACCGAGACAUGA